UGCACUGCAGAUGAAACUGACUGAAAAACCAACGGUCGCUCAUGUCUUCACCAUAGUUAUCCUAUGCUCAACGUCAUUUAUGAGAACUGGCUAUCACGACACGUCAGCCUUGGACAUUACAUCAUGGUUAUCCUGAGUUAAUUUCUCUGUGCCGUUUGCGCCGCAUGCGUUGCGUCAAAGAAGAACAGCUGAUACUCGCGCGAGCGUUUCACAGCAAGACCACUGACCACGAUUAACUGGAGCUCGACUCCCUGGGAAUAAGGUUCAAGAUUAUCAUUCCAUUGACAACUGAUCAAACAUGGGCAAAGGAUUCAGAGGUACAAUUGUCGAUCACCCUGACUUUGAUGCUGGCAGUGAUGCAGAGGCCCUCUAUAAUGCCAUGAAAGGCUUUGGAAGUGACAAGGAUGCCAUCUUAGACCUGAUUACUUCACGAAGCAAUGCUCAGAGGCAGGAGAUCCGCACUGCCUACAAAUCACAAUAUGGGAAGGAUUUAAUUGAUGAUCUAAAAUACGAGCUGACUGGGAAGUUUGAACGUCUGAUUGUGGGUUUGAUGAGACCUCCUGCUUAUCAUGAUGCCAAAGAAAUCAAGGAUGCCAUUAAGGAUUCGGGAGCAGGAACAGAUGAGAAAUGUUUGAUUGAAAUCCUGGCUUCAAGAACCAAUGAGCAGAUUCAUGAUCUGGUGGCAGCAUACAAAGAUGCAUAUGGUAGAGACAUUGAAGAGAGCAUUAUAGCGGACACAUCUGGACAUUUUAAGAAGAUGCUGGUUGUUUUGCUUCAGGGGACCAGAGAGGAAGAUGAUGUUGUUAGUGAAGACCUUGUGGAGCAAGAUGCUCAAGACCUGUAUGAUGCGGGGGAGGCACAGUGGGGCACAGACGAGGCCAAAUUCAUCAUGCUCCUGGGAAACCGUAGUGUGACCCAUUUGCAGUCGGUAUUUGAUCAAUACCACAAAAUUGCAGAGAAAUCCAUUGAGGACAGUAUUAAAAGCGAGCUCUCUGGGGACUUCGAAAGACUGAUGCUGGCUGUUGUUCAGUGCAUCUGGAGUAAGCCCAUGUUCUUUGCCAGACGCCUUUACAAAUCCAUGAAGGGUUUGGGUACAGCUGACAACACUCUGAUCCGCAUUAUGGUCUCCCGUGCUGAGAUUGACAUGCUGGACAUCCGAGAGUGCUUCAGACUGCGCUAUGAGAAGUCUCUGUACAACAUGAUUCAGGAUGACACAUCUGGGGAGUACAAACGCACCCUGCUGAAACUGUGUGGAGGAGAUGAUGAUAUGGCAGGAGAGUUCUUCCCAGAGGCUGCACAGAUUGCCUACAAGAUGUGGGAAAUCAGCGCCACGACCAAAAUCCAGUUAAGGGGAACUGUGCGACCAUAUCAAGAUUUUGACCCUGCGAGUGAUGCACAAGCUCUGAGAAAAGCAAUGAAGGGUUUUGGCACUGAUGAAGAGACAAUUAUUGGCAUUGUGGCACAAAGGAGUAAUGCACAGAGACAGGAGAUCCGACAGACUUUCAAAUCUCUUUUGGGACGGGAUCUCAUGGCUGAUCUAAAAUCAGAACUGUCCAAAAACCUCCAAAGACUCAUUCUUGGUCUCAUGAUGACCCCAGCAGAGUUUGACGCCAAGAUGAUGAAGAAAGCCAUGGAGGGCGCUGGGACUGAUGAACAUGCGUUGAUUGAGAUCCUGGUCACUAGAAGCAACCAGGAGAUUCAGGAGAUGUGUUCUGCCUAUAAAAAGGCCUUUAAAAAAAGUUUGGAGGAUGCCAUCGAGUCGGAUACAUCUGGGCAUUUCAAAAGGAUCCUGAUCGCUUUGGCACAGGGAGCCCGUGAAGAGGGCCCAGUAGACAUGGAGAGGGCCUUGGAGGAUGCCCAAGAAUUGGCAGAUGCAUGCAACGCAGACUCUGGUGACAUGGAGGACAAGUUCAUGAGUAUCCUGUGCACAAGGAGUUUCCCUCAUCUGAGGAAAGUGUUUCAGGAAUUUGUGAGGUGCAGCAACAAAGAUAUCGAACAGAUCAUAAAGAAAGAGAUGUCAGGAGAUGUUAAAAAUGCCAUGUUUGCUAUGGUGCGAAGUGUGAAGAAUCAGCCAUCUUACUUUGCUGACCGAUUGUACAAAGCCAUGAAGGGCCUGGGAACAGACGACAGGGCUCUCAUCCGCAUCAUGGUGUCCCGCUCCGAGAUCGACCUCUUCAACAUACGCAAGGAGUUCAAGGACACCCAUGAAGCCUCUUUGCAUGAAUUCAUCCAGGUAGAGACGUUCGUUGGCGACACAUCAGGAGACUAUCGUAAAACCCUUUUGAUGCUCUGUGGAGGUGAGGACUAGAACAUUGUUCACCACCCUUGAUGUGUCACAGGAUAUUCACGCCUAGCAAACAGUGCGUUAUGUUCCAGUCCGUUUUUUGCCUUUGUGCCCUCUGCUGCUGCCAUGCCUAAGCUGCCAUGCCAAAGCUAGUGACCUAUGGAAAAAGCCACACCUUUUUCCAUUUUCUGUAAUAAUGCACGAAACCUUUUUUUUUCUACAGUUAAAAGCACUUUUUGUGGUGUCACUCUACUAGUGCUUUAUUUGUUACCCAACCCCCUGUAUAAAUUGAUCACCCCUUAAAUAAAAAAUUGUGAUCGUG